CAGCGGUGAGAUUCUUGUCAACCAUGUGAUUACACAAACGCGGUUCGAUAUCCCAACUCACGGCCCGGCUGAAAGCUUCCUAGCUUCCGAAGAACAUGAGAAGUAGCAAAUAUAGAGUCAGAGUCAAGGCGCUUCACAGGAAAUAUUGCACCCCGGCACCUUAGCCAUUCUCCAGCCCCCCCUUUGCCCGAUAUUGUUGGACAGGACGGCCUGUCGGAACUUGCGCAGUACUGAAGGCCCUCGCCAGUUGCAUCUUUCCCCGGACCUCUGCCACGUUGGAACCCUGCGUGACCCCUCUCGACCCCAUCUUAGUUCACUCAGGUGGAUGUGAUGCAGCGGGUCCUCCUUUUCCCCGGACAUAUAUGGGGCAUGCGUCGCCUCGAUUUGGGGGGGAUCGGAUUAUCGAAGUUGGUCCUUCCCUCUAGUUAGGCCUUGCAUUCGACAGCUACCUGCACCCCUACCAGUGCCCCAAUUUUCAUACCCAAAUUGAUAUAUUUUGCCCAUCAGUAUGGUGAAGGCUCCAGAAAUCGGCGCCAAAGCCGCAGAGGACAAGGUCCAGGUUGCCCAGGCAGAGGCACCGGAUUUUGAAAAGGUCCAUUGGAGGUCGGAGCCUCACUUGAGAAAGCUCUAUGCCUUUGGUUUUGUCUUGAUGAUUGCCUCUGCUACCACUGGUUACGAUGGCAUGCUUAUCAACACGUCCCAGCAGAUCAAACUCUGGGAACUGUACUUCCCUGAGGUCUCUGACAAAAAUAAGCUCGGUAUCUUGGUCAAUAUGUUCAACAUUGGAUCUAUCAUCAGUUUCUUUUUCACGCCCUACAUCGCUGAUAGAUGGGGCCGUAAGUUUGCUAUCACCUGUGGCUGUCUUAUCAUGUGUCUCGGUGGCUGCCUGUCCGCCUUCUGCAAUGGCUACGGAAUGUUCAUCGCCGGCCGCUUCGUCCUCGGUUUCGGCAACAGCUUGGCGCAGAUGUGCUCGCCCCUCCUGCUGACUGAAAUCUGCCAUCCCCAGCACCGUGGGCCCGUGACUGCCAUCUACAAUUGUCUGUGGAAUUUGGGCGCCCUGGUGGUGUCCUGCAUCGGAUGGGGAACGUCGACUAUCAACAAUGACUGGUCCUGGAGAACUAUCACCUUCAUUCAGAUCAUUCCUUCUGCUGUCCAGCUCAUGUUCAUCUACUGGAUCCCGGAAUCCCCAAGAUACCUGAUCUCCAAGGAUCGCACCGAUGAGGCGCUUGACAUGCUCGCCACCUACCACGCUGGAGGCGACAAGAACAACGCAACCGUGCAAUACGAGUUCCAGGAGAUCAAAGAGACGAUGCGCCUUGACAAGCUGACUAACCGCGCCGUCAGAUACUCGGAUUUCUUCAAGACAAAGGGAAACCGCUGGCGUCUGGCCAUCAUCAUCUCCCUUGGUGUCAUUUCCCAGUACUCCGGCAAUGCCAUUCUCUCCAACUACAUUAACGUUAUUUACGAAGGUGCCGGUAUCCAUGACCAGAACCAGAAGCUCGGUAUCACCACCGGCAAAACUAUUCUAGAUCUCAGCGUCACCAUCGCCGCUGCCCUAUCUGUCGACAGAUUUGGUCGUCGCCCGCUCUUCCUCACUUCCAUCUGCGGCAUGGUCGGCUGCUUCGUCUGCUGGACCAUAACUAGCGCCGUGUACGAGAACUCCAACCUCCAGAACGCCGGCGCCGGCUACGCGCAGCUCGUCUUCAUCUGGCUCUUUGGCUGCUUCUACGACAUCGGCUUUUCCGGUCUCCUGGUCGCCUACGCCCUCGAGGUCCUGCCCUUCCAUCUCCGCGCCAAGGGCAUGAUGAUCAUGAACAUCACCGUGCAAGCUAUCCUCGCUCUCUCCAACCAAACGAACCUCCUCGCCUGGGACAACCUCCCCAACCACUGGAACUUCAUGUUGUUCUACACACUUUGGGACACCUGCGAACUCGUCUUCGUCUACUUCUUCUACGUCGAAACCAACGGCCCAACCCUCGAGCAAAUCUGCAAGAUCUUUGACGGCGACGACGCAGCCGCCCAUAUCGACCUUCACCAGGUCGAGAAGGAGAUCGCGCAGCAGCACCAUGAGGAUGAUAUCGUCGAGGUGCAGGCUGCCUCUCUCAAGGGGGCUGCUUAGGGUCCUCUGCGCUUGCGCGUGAGUUCUGGUUUAGUCAUUCCUUUGUUUUAAGUGGAGGUGAAGAGGUAAUGUGGGGAAGAGAUGCAAGGACGCGGCUUCUUCUUAUGCUGGAAGGCUCUGCUGCAUGGACCAGUUGGUUGCCGGAGCUGGAUGGUUAGGGGGUCGCGUAACUGUAAGCCAUCGAUAUAUAACAACUAUGAG